GCCGCAGCCCAGGGCUCCACCACUGUGCCUCAUGUUGCCUGUCCUUGUCAUGUCCGGCUCUGUGGCUUUAAAACAGCGCACAGUGACACGAAGUGACGGUUGAGGAAACAGGUGUUCUGAUUCCGAGCUGAGCUGGUACGGGAUGCUCCACGGGGUCUGGGCGUCACGGAGGCCGAGCCGUGUCCACUCUGCACAGGCCCCACCCGAGUAACAGGCGAACGGCCCAAGAACACAGUGCGGGGCGCGAGGGACAGGGCCCGGCAUGGUGGUCGCCGUGCGUGACCCCUUCAGCAGCGCACCAAGGCCUGCAAGCUAGGCACUUCGGUCCAGCCUCUCUGACGUCAGCCUAGAUGAAGACUGACUGCCAGUUUCACUUUGUCAGGGGCCAUGAUACCUUUGAGGCUUUUCUCAGCGAGUUAUGGGACAACACACAAGAACAUGAAGCGCUGGACUCCAUCCACGUGGGCUGGCCUCUGGCCUGGCAGGCUCCUGCCCCAGCAGGCUUGCCCUAGGCUGCUGUCCGUCAGCUGCGCAGACCACGCCAAGCGUCAGGAGUCCCCCAGAAAGAAGCUGCUCUCUGAGAAGAAGCUGAAAAGGCACUUCGUGGACCGCCGGAGGGUGCUUGUCCGAGGGGGUGACGGAGGCGCUGGAGCCAGCUGCUUCCACAGCGAGCCCCGCAAGGAGUUUGGAGGCCCAGAUGGCGGGGACGGAGGCAACGGUGGCCAUGUCAUCCUGAGAGUUGACCAGCAAGUCAAGUCCCUGUCAUCAGUCCUGUCCCGGUAUCAGGGUUUCCACGGAGAAGAUGGUGGCAGGAAAAACUGCUUCGGGCGAGGCGGCGCUGACCUGUACAUCCGGGUCCCCGUGGGCACUCUGGUGAAGGAGGGCGAUGCAGUCGUGGCUGACCUGUCUCGCCCGGGCGACGAGUACCUCGCUGCCCUUGGCGGGGCAGGGGGAAAGGGGAACCGCUUCUUCCUGACCAACGACAACCGCGCCCCGGUGACUUGUACCCCCGGACAGCCGGGCCAGGAGCGAGUUCUCUGCCUGGAGCUCAAGACAGUGGCCCAUGCUGGGAUGGUCGGGCUCCCCAAUGCUGGGAAGUCUUCGCUCCUCCGAGCCAUCUCGAAUGCAAGGCCUGCUGUGGCUUCCUACCCCUUCACCACCUUGAGUCCACACGUGGGGAUCGUCCACUACGAGGGCCACCAGCAGAUAGCAGUGGCAGAUAUCCCCGGCAUCGUCCGCGGAGCCCACCAGAACAAGGGCCUGGGGCUCACCUUCCUCAGGCACAUCGAGCGCUGCCGCUUCCUCCUGUUCCUCGUCGACCUGUCGCAGCCCGAGCCGUGGACUCAGCUGCAGGACUUACGGUACGAGCUGGAGAAGUACGAGGCGGGCCUGUCCCAGAGGCCCCACGUAGUCGUGGCAAAUAAGAUCGACCUCCCCUGGGCCAGGGCCGCCCUGCCGCAGCUGCAGGCUCGCCUGGGACAGGACGUCAUUGCCCUGUCGGCCCUGACCGGGGAGAACCUGGAGCAGCUGCUGCUGCACUUGAAGGUGCUGCGCGAUGAGGACAUGGCGGCCGAGCGGGAACAGGGCUGCCAGCGCAGGGGGUGGCGAAGGGCAUGGCCUGGACCCUGAUUGUGACGCUUCGGUGACCCCGAACAUGGGAGAGAUGCUGGAAACUGGGUGCGUCUGUGUCCACCUGCCGGGACCAGCUCGGCGUGAACACGUCUCUGAGUGGGGAAGGCUGUGGGUCAGAAACAGAGGCAGUGACAAACACAGAGCAUAGGAAAGCCAGGGCCGGUGGGCGCAGCUGCUCUGAGGGGGAAGGUGCGCCCAGAACCAGCUGCAGGGUAUUCUCUCACGGGGCAGGGGAUGGGGGAGGGGAAAUGGGAUGCAGGAGGAGUGGGGAGGAGGAAGUGGGAUGCGAAGAGAAUAAAGGAGGGGAAGCAGGAGCAGAGCCGGGCGUUCUGGGUGUAAGUCAUCUGAAGAUGCGAGAAUGACUGGCCCAUGUCAUUUCUGACCUUGGGGACAAUUUGAUGAACGCACGUGACUUCCUUUAGCCCGACACUGGGCAGUAUGAGGUAUUGGGGGGUCAACAACCGGAAGACAGCCAUCGACAGCAGGCAGGUACUGCUUUCGUAGGUAGAUGCUUCUCACAGCCCUGCUAGAGCAGCUUACGCGUUUCUGCAUGUGUCUGCAGGCCACAUGUUCUCAGAUCGGCUGCUCCACAUCCACCACCACUCGGGGGUCCCCCGAGGCGCCCUUGGCCCAGGCCCACCUCAGUGGAUGCUGCGUGCCCAGGACCCUGGGCUGCUCCCCGCUCCCAUGCACCCCAGCGCUGCGGCAGGUUUGCUGAGGCCCUGGAUUGGGGGCACACGCUGGUGGUGGUAGAGACGCCCUGGGAGUUCGUGCACCCGGCAGCAGCAUGGCCAGGCCUGGUGCACACCCAGCUUCUCCAUGCUACGUCCCUCCAGAGAAGACGCAGUUUCAACAGGGAGCAGCCCGACAGCCCUCCCACACACCGAGGCCGAGCCAGCUCCCUGCGAUGCUGUCUUUGUGAGGGACGGGGACUGGCAGUGGCCCUGAGCACAGCUCGGUCAGCAGCCUGGAGACAACGGUUCCCAGACUGCCACGCUGCGCUCUGCAGAUGUGGGCAUCCGGGGACGUGAGGCUCCACGCUUCAGCACACGCAGCACCGGCCCAGACGCUAGGCCUGGCCCUUGGCUGUGCUGGGUGCACGGGAGGACGAGUCCAGCAUUGGUCCCGCAGCUGGCCAGUCAUGGCAGGGUCUGCUGAGCGAGUGGCGGGCGACACAGAUCUGGCCGCCUGGGGCUGGGUCCCUCGGACCUCCUGCUGGGGGAGUGAUGGGACUCCGUGUGGCUGGGUGCGGGCCCUCGGCUCUGACCUGCCCGACGUGGGCUGCAUCUGUGAGCUCAUGUUCGCCCUGUGGGCUGUGGUGCUCUGGAAAGCAGGCCGCCCCUCCUGGUGAUGCGGCCUUCCCUGGAGGCGGGAGUGCUUCUGAGCCCGCCCCGGCCCGGCCGCCCUGGCAGCAGAAACCGUGAGCAAGGACAGUCUGCGGCCGUGACUGGCGCUGUAGCCAGAGCCUAGUGCUCCUUGUGGCCCUGGGCAGGAGACAGAAGUUUGGGGUGGGGGGGGGCUGCAGGGGAGGUGACGGUCACCAGCUGCCUCCUGUCUGCAUGCGGGUCUGCACCCUGACUCGAGCCAGCUCUCGGUUCACAGAGUAAUUCGGUUUUGAUCUCACAUCAGAUCUGCAGCCAGGACAGACGGGCUUUUCAGCCAAAGCUUUAUUUUAACGUCUCAUCAUUUCAAAGGCCCCUGUGUCCUCAGGCCGGAGAUGGCUUUGCGUCGAUUGCUGUCUCUUUCAGGCCACCACAAAGGGUUUCAGAGUGAGCCAGGCCGAGUGCGCUCAUUACAUGUGCUUUCAUCUGUCUGCAGGCCCUCCGCAGCCCGGGGGUGGGGUGUGCCAGGCGCCUUUGGCUCAGAGCCCACCCCCAGCCCCUGAUCUGAGGGCGGGUUGCGUUCUAGAACUUGGCAGCUGUCUUCUGGGAGUUGCUGAUGUUGCCUGAACUUUGGUACCACAGAGUCCUGUGAUAUGCUGGCCCUGUGGCCUGAUAGUUGGGGGAGCCAGGUCCCACACGGCUAGAACCCUGCAG